AUGUCGGACAAGGCACCCCCGCAACGUGGAGCUGCUCAUCGCAUCCUUGAACUUGAAGACCAAGUUAAAGGGCUGAUGGAGACGGUCACCCUCCUUCAUCAGAUGUACCAUCUUGACGCCCUGAACAUCCCGAAGCCAGACCAAUAUGUCAAACAAGGCGGAUAUACAAUGCCUGAGCUGCAGCAACGAUUUGCCAAUCCACCAGUCCAGGCGGGUCAGUCCACGACGACCACAGCACCAACUACAGCUCCGGCGGCGAAUACUGAACCGCAAGAGGUCAAUCAGCCGACAACAUCUACUGCUCUUACGUUGGCAGAUGUUCAAAAUUUGCCACAAUAUACCUACUCGCCGUUAGAUGAGGCAUCUUCUGAGAUCCGACUCCUAGCCUUGGACACAUCCGGCUCCGGAGAUGAUGCUAUCUCAUGCAGACUCAUAACAGCGAGCUUGGACGAUGCCCCCGAAUAUCAUGGAGCUGGGAAGUUCAACAAAAGCCCAAUUGAGUGCUUUACGCCCUUAUCAUAUUGCUGGGGAUCGGCAUCUUUCACGGAGCACAUUAUUGUAGACGGACAUUCGUUCCUUGUCACGCCAUCUUUACACACGGCCCUGCGGCACUUUCGCAAUGUCAUUGAACCACCUGAAGAUCCCUUCAAUAAACGAGACAGAAAGAACGAGACUUACUGGUGGGUUGAUGCCAUAUGCGUCAACCAAAAGGAUGUUGCUGAGAGAAACAGCCAAGUUGGUCUCAUGACGCGGCUGUACAGGGUGGCCCGAAUGGUGCAUGUUUGGCUGGGAGAAGAGAGGGAUAAUAGCUCGCAGGCUAUGAACCUCAUCAAGGACUUGGCAUAUCUUCCCUCAAACCCGGACGACAUGGAAUCUUGGAACUACAUACCGAAGAAGGCUGGACAGACUCAUCGACCAGACGGGCCGGGUCGGCGAAUGAAGAAGCUUCCGGUGCACGACACCACUGUGUUGUCGGACGAGGAGAAACUGGAGAAUUAUACUGCGCUUGUUAGCUUCUACCAGCGCCCUUGGUUCUCUCGAAUUUGGAUCAGGCAGGAAAUAGCGCUUCCGGAGGACGUGGCUUUCCAUUGUGGUGUUGAGACGUGCAACUGGAAAGAUCUUAUGCGCACGGCAGACAUUCUGACGUACCUGGCUGAUGAGUAUCAUUUGCCGACUUUGCAAAUCGACGGGUUGCGAGACCAAGACUCGUACGGUUCCUGCUUUCAAAAAGCGUUGGGAUUGUAUGAGCUCCGCGAAGAGAUGGGCCGCCGGGGAGGGCAAACGUACGGCGAGCUUCAUUCUCUGGCACUGAAAUGGAGAGAUUGCCAGGCCACCGAUCCAAGAGACAAGGUGUUUGCCAUGUUGCCACUGAUAAACCCUGAUGAAACUGAUAUUCAAGCGGAUUACCACAAAGAUAAGCUCAAGGUGUAUAAAGAAACGACACUGAGUCUCUUGAGAAGCAAGACGGACUUUUUGUCAGGCUGUCAGAAUCCUUCCCGGUCAAAUGGUUUGCCAUCAUGGGUCCCGGACUUGGAAGUAGCUUCCAAGCCUCUGUUGACAGAAACAGAUUUUGGUUACAACAAGAGCCCUGACCAAUGGGGAGAUGAACCAGAUGACGUGGCCAAUUUUGUUUACAUUUCUGAUCAAGAGAGACUUGACAUUGAAGGUGUCAUCUUUGACGAGGUUCAAGACAUUAGCAAAGAUGAUUACAUCUCCCCAGAAUCGUCUAAUGAGAAUAUACGCACAAUAUCAGAGCAGUGGCGGGAGUUCUACGAGACUCGCAGAGACGCCUUAUUUGAAAGCUGGGAAGCCCAGGGCAACUGGGAUGGAAGGGACGAAUGCAUAUCCAUGUUUGAUAUUCCUUUCAACGAAAGUAACUGGAAGUGGCAAGUCCUGCGUAACACGGACGUGGACAGAUACCGACUAGGUGGUGACCGCGAUGGGGUUCGCUUCAAGCGAUGGGAUGACGACACUAUAGAUCAUGACCCCGUACUGAAGAAAGUCAAGCGGCUUCUGCCAUCAGAUGACAGUCCGUUCUCUUCUAUUCUUGGCCAAGAGGACGAAUACUUUGCAUAUUUUCGUCCGUUAGCCAUUGGACGAAGAAUGUUUUUCUCAUCCAGAGGAGCUAUUGGCCUAAUCCCAGCUGAGGCCCGGGUAGGAGAUGCGAUCUGCUUCUUUGACGGAUGUGGUUGCCCGUUUGUUAUCCGAAAGGCUGAAAACGACACAUGGGUGAUUGUUGGACAAGCCUACUACUUUGGCAGAAUCGUGUUGUAUCAGUCUCUGAAGAAGCUGCAAAAAACGGCAAUCCGUCGUGUAAACGGCGAUCACUCGAGGUACCGGCUGCGUCGUAUACUGGCUCGUAUUAUGGUUGUAGAAUAUAUGAGACAAUAUUACUACGUGGUGUGUAAGACUCAGUUGAAAUCACUCUGA